GUGUGUUGUUUUUUCACCUCAACUGCCGAGUACUGAGGGAAGCUCAGGAAGCUCUGAAGAUACAGCAUGGCCAGCACAUCCUCACUCUCCACAAAGAAUGCAGUGACAUAUGAGGAUGUGCAUGUGAACUUUACUCGGGAAGAAUGGGCUUUGCUGGAUCCUUCCCAGAAGAGUCUCUACAAGGAUGUGAUGCUGGAGACCUACAGGACCCUCAGAGCUAUAGACUCUUAUUGGAAUGACCACAUUAAUGAAGAAAAUUCUCAAACUUCUAGAAGAAAUGGAAGGCAUCUUCAAACGGAAGACAGAACUCACACUGGAGAGAAAUCCUAUGAAAGUGUGCAAUGUAAUGAAGUGCUUUCGAGUCACAAUCAUCCUCAGAUAUACAAAGGAAUGCUUACUGAAGCCUUUGUACCUUAUACUGGUGUUCAAAUGCAUAGAAGAACACACACAGGGGAUAAACCUUGUGACUGUAACACACUUGGUAAAGCCUGUGCAUGCCACAGCCAUCUGCAAAGCCAUAAAAGAACACAUACUACAGAGAAGCCCUAUGAAUGUAACCAAUGUGGUAAAGCCUUUUCAUGUCACAGUUAUCUUCAGAUUCAUAAAAGAUCACAUACUGGAGAGAAGCCCUAUAAGUGUAACCAGUGUGUUAAAGCCUUUUCGAGUCCCAGUUAUCUUCAAAAUCAUAAAAGAACACAUACUGGAGAGAAGCCCUAUGAGUGUAAUCAAUGUGGUAAAGCCUUUUCAUGUCCCAGUAAUUUUCAAAAUCAUAAAAGAACACACACUAGAGAGAAGCCCUAUGAAUGUAACCAAUGUGGCAAAGCCUUUACUCGUCACGGCCAUCUUCAAAGUCAUGAAAGGACACAUACUGGAGAGAAGCCCUAUGAAUGUAACCAAUGUGGUAAAGCCUUUUCAUGGAACUAUUGUCUUCAAAUUCAUAAAAGAACACAUACUGGAGAGAAGCCCUAUGAAUGUAACCAAUGUGGCAAAGCCUUUACUCGUCACCACCAUCUUCAAAGGCAUGAAAGGACACAUACUGGAGAGAAACCCUUUGAAUGUAACCAAUGUGGUAAAACCUUUGCUUGUCACAGAGAUCUUCAGAGGCAUGAAAGAACACAUACUGGAGAGAAACCCUAUGAAUGUGACCAAUGUGGUAAAGCCUUUUCAUGGAAGAGUUGUCUUCGGAUUCAUAAAAAAACACAUACUGGAGCGAAGCCCUUUGAGUGUAGCCAAUGUGGUAAAGCCUUUGCUUGUCAUAGCCAUCUUCAAAGCCAUAAAAGAACACAUACUGGAGAGAAACUUUAUUCAGGUAACCACUGUGGCAAAGCAUUUUCAGAAAACACUAAUCUUCAAAAGCAUAAAAAAACCCUACACUGGAAAGACUCUCUAUGUAUGUAACCAUUGUGAUAAAGCCUUUGCUCAUCACAGCUAUCUUCCAAUCCAUCGAAAGACACAUAGAGGAAAUAAACACUAUGCAUGUACCCAAUGUCGUAAAGUGUUUUCACAUAACAGUAAUCUUCCAUGCCAUAAAAGAACACGUACUGAGUAGAAGCCCUACUUUUUCCUCUGAAAGCACGGGAUUGAAAUGGUCAAGGGACACACAUUUUGUCUUGUCUUCUGGGAGAACUUCAUAAUAGGGGUAAGCAUAUGUCAACUGGCACAGCUCAGAGUAUCAGUGAGACUGUUAUGAACUGAUGCCAAGCCCCCUGGGGACAACACUUAAGGGUUCACCUCUUAGGGAUCCCACUUCCCUUAGUUUUGGAUGGCUUGGCCGUCCUGACACCCAGGACUCUCCUUUGAGGUACUGUUCAUGGCUGUCUGUGGCUCUGGACUCUCUUCCUGGCCAGUCACUUCCUAGUGCAUCCUGGAUGCCAUGGGACACCCGGGCUAGUUGUUCUUCUGAAGGAGCAGAGGACAGAGCCACAGCCUUGCCUAGGGAGGCUGCUGGAGCUGAAAUUCUCCCCAUUGAUCCCUUCAGUGACUGAAGCACUUGAAGCCACUGUGAAGAGGUUGGCUUUGCUCUGACCAUGCUUCAUUUCUGAGGAUGCUGCCUCCAUGGCCCGGGACUUUCCAUGGCUAUCUGCUACAGGCUGGUCUGUCCAAGAAGGCACAACUGAUGGGCUCAGGUUCCUCUUCUGACUUCUUAAGGCCACAUGCUAGUUUGUCCUGGUCACCUCCUUGUGACUGCUUUACAAUGGCCAGGCAGACACCCAGGGUCCCUGUCCCAGCCCUCAUGCUUUGUGCCCUCUGAUGCAGUGAGUCAGGGUGAGGCCUGUCAGUCAAGGAUGGCCUUCAGUGGAUCUCAAUAUGAACCUGCAGGCCACGUUGAACAUCAUGGAAGCCAUGAUGUAGAGGUAGGGAAAGUUGAUGUGUGGCCGCCAAGCCAGGUCAAAGAAUGUGAGCAGCAUAUGUGUCAGCCGCUUGCAGAAGACCCCAUAGGAGCGGGCAGCAGCUGGACAGUCAGACUGGUGUGACAGAGCCGGGAUGCUCCCACUGCCUGGCCACCCUCCCUCCCUGUACCCCAUUGCCUAAGACCUCCUCCCCCAGGGCCAGUGCUCAGUGAUCUCAGGGAGCAAGGGAGACCAGCAGGAUGGCAGGCCACUUGGGAGCUGAGUCUGCACAUCAUUGUCCACAAGCUACCACCUGCAUUCCCAGCUGGGCUUCAGAGUCUAAAUGUAGAAAUUUUUAAUGAUGUCUUGAAAGUAUGAAUUAUAAAAGGGAAGGAACAGUAAAUAAAGAAACUAUGACAUUGACUUUGUGUGUGUUGAAUUACAAAUGUACUGAUUUUUAAAAAAUAUUUUGUAUACUAAUUUAUUUGCUUUAUGUAUAUCAGUGCACUGUAGUUGUCUUCAGACACAUGAGAAGAGGGCAUCAGAUUCUAUUACAGGUGGUGUGAGCCGCCAUGUGGUUGCUGGGAAUUUAACUUUGGAAGAGCAGUCAGUGCUUUUAUUUUUAUUUUUCUUUUCUAUUCAUUUAUUUUUGUAGAAAAUGAUUUUAAUAUUUUCAAUUGUUAAUAUUCAAUGAACAGAAUAGUUAUUUUAAGAUAUAUUUCCUUGUUAUGUCUCUCUUCUCUUCUGAUUUUAUUAAUUUGGAUACUGUCUCUGUGCCCUCUGCUUAGUCUGGUUAAGGAAUUAUCUGUCUUGUUGAUUUUCUCAAAGAACCAGCUCCUGGUUUUGUUGAUUCUUUGUAUGGUUCCUCUUGAUUUGAAAUGGCUCUUGUUGCAUUUUAGGAUAAAUUCUGGCUGUGAAAAGUCACUUAACCUCCAGGAUUAACUCAGUGUUAUAGAAUUUGGCAAGUGGCUCUCCUGCAGAACUCUGCUGAGAUAAAGAUGUUUGGGCUUUGUCUUGUAUAUUACUAUCUGUACAAACCACUUCUUGGGAUAAUUGCCAACUCCCAAAUCUCCUAGUUCCCAAGAUCCUUUUCUGCCCUACACAUUACAGGCUAUUGGUUACUAUGGGCUGUAGCUGUACUUUGACAGGUCUGUCCCUUGUGUUUCUAGAAUUUACUGUCAUAACUUCUUCAUUCAAUCUUUUUCCACAAACGGAAUGUACUCAUCAGGAAUAUGAGUGUUUUUAAAUAUCUUAAACAUUGAUGCAUAAUGUAAGAAAAUAUCCAGUAUGUCUCUUGUACAGACUCAGUUUCUCCAUACUUCUUCCUGUUGGCCCCAUUUAGUUAUUCCUUCUAGCCCCUCCCCAGUCCUUUGUGACUCUGCUGACCACAGAAUCUCUCUAGCAAGGACCUACAGCUGCCACAGUAGGCUAGUACUCAGCUAGGGCACAUUUAUCCUCCUUCCUCUCAUCCAUUUAGGCCUCUCUACACUUACCCUCAGCCCUGCUGUUGCCUGCCCACAUGAGCUGCCCCACUCCCAAUACUAGUCUCCACUUCCUAGGGAUCAGUCUUUGGGCAAUGAUGCAGAAAUGUCCUAGUUCAUUCCUGCCACCUACAAGAUACUCUCUAUCCCAGUCUUAUUCCACCCACUUAUCAGCCAGUUUAUCUUUUCUCAAUUUCUUGGGGUAGAAUCUUAGGACAAAUUUGCCUGAAAUCUAUAUUCUGACUGCAUCCCAACCUGCUGGAGUUAAAACAGGAUACCACUACAUUUAGCUUCUCAUUAAAAAAGUUGUGUGUGUAUAGAAAAUUUAGGAAGAUUGUCGAUGUGAUUUGAGAGAAGGAGUGGCAGUCUUAGGAGGUCUGGCCUUGUUGGAGGAAGUGCAUCACUGUGGGGUUGGGCUUUAAAGCUCUGCCCCAGGCAGAUGAGCCAGAUUUCUCCUAGCAAACUUCAGAUCAAUAUAAAGGACUUUCAUCUCCUCCUGAGUCAUGUCUGCCUGGAUUCUGCCAUGUUCCUGCUAAUUGAUGAUGGACUGAACCUUUGAACCUGUGAGACAGCCCCAAUUAAAUGUCCUUUGUAAGA